AUGAAGACACCCGCGGCGCCUUCCAGAGGUCUCCUGCGCUUCCUGCGAUCUCAGUCCAACGUCGCCUUCAGCAACCCCGGUCCCGGUCCCGGUCUCUGUCCCUCGGCCUCUCUAGCACCUCCCAACCCAGCACGGCUCUGCCGGCCUCGGCCUCUGUGCACAUCCUCUUCCCGGUCCUUGCCAAAGCAGCAAACGCCGUUCGAGGAUCUAUGGCGCCGGUACCGCGAGCCAUGCAAAGCCUUGCCGCCUCCCCGACUUGCUCCUCCCCAUCCUCCGCAGGCUCGAAGUGCUAGUACACGCACUCACGGUCUCAGCUUUUGGCGCCGUCUACUUCGUCGUAAAGAAGCAGCAUCGCGCUACAAGCAACUGCCAGACCCGCCGGCGGGGCCUUCCAGCUACGAUGAGACGUCUGCUCAACUUUUCAAUCUCUCCCGAUCCCUUUCCCGCAAUCCUACCGGCGGAGAUCUGAAACUCCGCUGCACCGAGUUCGAUGCCAACGGAUCCGUCAUUCUAGUGUCUGGCGAAUUCAAAAAAUCGGAGUUGAUCGCAAAAUAUGGCCUGCUCCCGCGUGAUCUUCGCAAGAUAGACUCGUCGGUUCUUCCCCAUAUCCUUGUCCGCCCCACCGCCAUUCUCAUCAACCUCCUCCACCUCCGGGUUCUCAUACAGUCGGACAGAGUUUUGGUGUUUGACGCAUAUGGGAGCACAGACUCUUAUACACAGUCGCUGUUCAUGUACGACCUGGAGGGCAAACUGCGACAGAAGUCGGAUCCAAGGAAUGGCUCCACAUAUCUUCCCUACGAAUUCAGAGCUCUUGAGGCCGUCCUCAUCUCUGUCACAUCAGGUCUCGAAGCAGAAUUUGCACUUGUGCGCGAGCCGGUGGUCCAUAUCCUGCGCGAACUCGAAGAAGACAUCGACCGAGACAAGCUGCGGCAUCUACUCAUCCAUUCCAAGAAGCUGGGCGGAUUCGAACAAAAAGCCCGUCUUGUACGAGAUGCGAUCGACGAUCUUCUCAAUGCAGAUGACGAUUUGUCGGCAAUGUAUCUGACUGAACGGAAAUCAACCGGCAAGCCCAGAGCCGAGAACGACCAUCAAGAAGUGGAAAUGCUUCUUGAAUCGUACCAUAAAAUCUGCGACGAAAUUGUCGAGAUAUCAGGCAACUUGAUUAGCAACAUCAGAAACACGGAAGAAGUGGUCAAGGCCAUUCUUGACGCGAACCGAAACCAGCUCAUGCUGCUUGAAAUCAAGUUCAGCGUCGGAACUCUAGGUCUUGCCGGCGGAACCCUGGUCGCCGGUCUUUAUGGCAUGAAUCUCAAGAAUUUCAUGGAGGAGUCCGACCUUGCCUUCGGCGGAGUCAGCGUUGUAUGUUUUGUGCUGUCGGCGGUGAUCUGCGUCUAUGGCAUGCGCAAGUUGCGCAAGGUGCAGAAAGUUCGCAUGUGGGGCGAGGGAGUGGAAGCUCUGGGCCCGCGCGGGAGGAUAGGUGGUCGAGGAAACUGGCGCAGCGAAGCCGUGGAAAGCCAGGCACAGCGGACAGCAAGGCUGAAAGGAGGCGGCGUCAGUCUCGGCGGCACUGCAUCGAGGCCUGUUCUCUGGCCGGGUAUGGAUGGGCUGGGCAUGCACAAACUCAACAUCGAAAGUGAGGACGAUCCGAGAAACGUUGUUAUUGACCCUAACAGUGACGCGGACGCCGUGUCCGAGUCUCCUCGCAAGAGUGUUGUUGAUGGUGCGGAAGCACAGACGAAGCCGGACGGGCAGAGGUCAAAGGACUCUGUGAAGAAGAAGCGCGCUUGA